GUUCUCUGCAGGGCUUAGGUCCAUCCCGAGACCAGAGCCUUCCCCCAGGGCAGGGGCAAACGGGCCCCCUCCAGGAGGGAGCCGGAAGAUUAGGCAGCUCCAUGUAGGUCCACAUGUAGGUGAAAAGAACCCACCAUGAGGAAGGGCAAAAAGAAGAAGCCAGAGUCCAGACGCCGUGGCUCCACCUCUCAGCGGGCCAGCUCUGAAUCCACACCCCAGCAGGCCAGCUCAGAGUCUACACCCCAGCAGGCCAGCUCGGAGUCUACAUCGCAGCAGGCCAGCCCCAGGUCCACCCCUCGGCCCAGCCCUGGAUCCACACCACAGUCCAGCUGUGAAUCCACCUCCCAGCAGCCUGCACCCCAGGCUCUCCCAGCCCCAGAAAGCAGACCCUCGGCCCGGGCCCUGGCACCGGCCCCAGCCCCCGCCCUGGCCCCAGCCCCGGCCAGGGGCCAGGGGCCUCAGGACCCUGCCACAAAAGCAUCUUCUCGAUCCAGGAGAUCAGGGUCUCUGACUCGUGCGGGACCGCGGGCCUUCUGCUCUUGUUCCGCUUGCCCCGGCAGCUCUGCUUGCUGGCGUCGUCUGGGCCUGUGUCACAGCCGCAUCUUCGAUGUCCUCCUUCCUCGGGCCUGGCCGACCAUGCCAGGAAGAGGAUUUCCAAACCUCCUCACUUUCUACAGAAGACCUGAAAGAAAACACCCCACUCAUCGUAAUUCACGUGCUCCAAGCCCUCGGGACUGUUGCUGCGGCUCUGGGAGCCCUGGGGGCUGCCUACUACAUCACUGAAUCCUCGUGAACGAGCCCCAGGCCCGCGGUCCGGCAGAAGCCCUAGCCAAGAACUUGGAUGGGUAGAAGGAAAGACAUUUCUCUUCCUCUGCAUUUGCCUUCAAGUCUUUGCUCAAAUGUCAUCUUAAUGAAGUCCACCCUGACCACCUGCUUAGAACUGCAAAUCCCCACUUACUUUAUUCCCAUGACCCUCAGUCCUCUAUAAAACACUGUAAAAUUUA